AGAGAGCACACCUGUCAAAAUUGCAUUACAUAACCUCAAAAUGUCGCUUUUUAGCCCCCGUUGGUUGCGGAAUUUCAUCAGAAGACACACGAACCAGAUCCCCGAAGACCGGGCCUUCGUGUGGAAACAACGCCUGUCCCUGUUCUACAUGUUUGUCUCGUGGAACGCGUUCGGUUUCGUCUUGUACCAAGUCUACAAGGGGAACUCCGAUUGGGCCCGAAAAUACAAAUCUGAGGAGGAAUUGGCCCUAACUCCGGCACAACAGUGGGCCCGCACCUUGGGCAUCAAGGAGGCCAAAGUGAUGCGAGUCUCAGGCCUACAAGUCACUAAAUACGAAAUCAAUGAAGCGAUACAAGAAUAAAUAAUCACAUUUGAUAGAAUUAAUACAAAAAGGAACAUUUUAUUGACCAGUCACAGCCCCAUUUCUACUACUCCUAAACUUCUCCAUUUCGACGAGCAACGCCGACCUGUAGGUCUCAUACCGCAUCACAAUAUUCUGCAACUCUUGCUUGUAAAGCCGCGUCAACAUUCCAUUGUAACAGUCCAAGUCUUGCAACCGGAACAUGUCCCAUUUCAAUUUAUGGUCCAAAUCGGGACUCGCUAAAAACCCCAAAUAAAUCACCAAAAAAAACAUCAUCACACUUUACCAUUAAAAUAGACGUUGAGCCAAUGGGGGAUCUCCUCCAAGAGGUAGGGGUUCGCCGGCACUAGGACGCUGUGGGGCUGGUAAUGCGUCGUCCUCGGGGGGUUGAAAUACCGCACCUCCGGCUGGUAAUUGUAACAAGGCACGAGACAGGGGUGCUCGUAUUGAGCUUGUUUCGUAAUGUGACUGCAAUUAAAUUAAUUUGAAUUGAGUUGAAUUUGGGGGGAAACGAACUUGACGUAGUAAAUGCCGUAGAUGGGGGAGUGGACACAUUGCCAUCCCGUGGGGAGGCCCUCGCGCUCCAAGGGGUGCGACCAAUGGGUCGUUUUCGUGUUGUGGUCGAUGUAGUAUUUGCGACCGCGGAGGGUGUAGUCCACGGACCAGCCGGGGGGCAAAGGGAGCUCCUCAGAU